CCCGCCGGCCGGCCGUCCACACGAGGACAUAUUGCCGGUGAAAGCGGGCCUGAGCGGCGGGGAGAGGAGAGGGGAGGAGAGCGGCGGGCAAAGCGGGCGGCUGCGGCAGCAUGUUGUUUUUGAUCGGCUUGGGGUUAGGGGACGCCCGGGACAUCACGGUGAAAGGACUGGAGAUCGUAAAGCGGUGCAGCCGGGUCUACCUGGAGGCGUACACGUCCCUGCUCAGUGUCGGCAAAGACGCCUUGGAGGAGUUUUAUGGUCGUGAACUAAUUAUUGCAGAAAGAGAGAUGGUUGAACAAGAAGCUGAUGAAAUUUUAAGGGAUGCUGCUGAUAAUGAUGUUGCCUUUCUUGUAGUAGGAGAUCCAUUUGGGGCAACAACACACAGUGAUCUAGUUUUGCGAGCAGUAAAAGCAGGAAUUCAGUAUCGUGUUGUACACAAUGCUUCAAUAUUAAAUGCAGUCGGAUGUUGCGGUCUACAGUUGUACAAUUUUGGAGAAAUAGUUUCCAUUGUGUUCUGGACAGAGACAUGGAAACCUGAAAGCUUCUAUGACAAAAUCAAAAGGAACCGACAGAGUGGAGUUCACACUUUAUGCUUACUUGACAUCAAAGUAAAGGAACAAACGCUGGAAAAUCUAAUGAGGGGAAAGAAGAUCUUUGAGCCUCCCAGGUUCAUGUCUGUGAAUGAGGCUGCUAAACAACUGCUGGAGAUAAUCGAAAAUCGCAGAGGUAAAGGAGAGGAGCUAGCACUGACUGAAGAUACUCUGUGUGUUGGACUGGCCAGAGUGGGUUCCAAAGACCAAAAGAUUGCUGCUGCAACUCUACAACAGAUGGUGAAGGAGGAUCUGGGUGCUCCUUUGCAUACCCUGAUCAUUACAGGCCACAUGCAUCCGAUGGAAAUCGAGAUGCUGAAACUUUUUGCUGCAGAUAAAUCUUGUUUUAAUAAACUUAUUUCACUUGAUGGAUCAACAUACUACUCAUAACAAAACAAAAUAAAAUGGCAAUUAAGUUAUAAAAUAUUAAGUUAUGUGCACCUAUAAAUAGGAACCUGAGGGGUAACUUUGUCAUUCAAAGGGUGGUAGGUGUAUGAAACAAGCUGCCGGAGGAGGUAGUUGGUGCAGUUACUAUCACAAUGUUUAAGAAACAUUUCGACAGGUACAUGGAUAAGACAGGUUUAGAGGGAUAAGGGCCAAACGCAGGCAGGUAGGACUAGUGUAGAUAGGACAUGUCGGCCAGUGUGGGCAGGUUGGGCCGCAGGGCUUGUUUCCACACUGUAAGACUCUAUGUAGUUGUAAUACUCCUUUCCGGAUUGGCAUUAAAAUCAUGUGUGAUUGAUUCACCUGGAUAGCACGUCAUAUAAAGCUUUUCACUGUAUCGUCUUAACAAAACCUCACUCUGACCAGAGGAGAAUACAGAACUUGAUAGAUAUUGUGGGUGAGGACCUUAGACAGGAAGCAGUGGUCAGAUGUGUGAAGUACAAUGCGGUACAUGAAGGGUUUGACUACCUACUGCCAGAAACACCUUGAGCAGCAUCAACUUUCCCUCUCACCAGUUACAUUUUGUCCUGAUGAAGCAAUGACCAAUUCAAACUCUUCCUUGUCUUAAAUGAUAUCCUUCAAACUCCUCUUUGCUCCAUCCUUGCACCAAAAUGUCAGUGGAAAGAGAUCCAAGAUAUCGUCAACCGCACAGCUACACCAUUCCUACUUCCACAAAUCAAUGGUGACAAAUGUCCAUUCUCUCACCAUAUGUUGCCUGACCCCGUUGAGUUCCUCCAACAUGGUGUUUUGCCUACAAUAUCAAUGAUAAUUUCUCCAUGUAAUCAACCCUUAACAUAUUUGAUUGCUCCAUGAAUUCCUCAUCCAUUCAACUGCUGCUUCCCUGUCAAUGCUCACUAUUCACUCCUGAAUUAUUAUUUCAUUCACAAGUUCUUUUCUUUAUCCCCUUUAAAUCUACCAUCUUUGAACUCUGUGCCCCAGCUCAUGUAUUACAAGCUCAUUAUGCACUCCUGAUGUUCCUGAUUCCCCACCGCUCAGUUCUUUGCUUUAGUUUGACUCUUUUCAAAACCUCUCAACCCUUUUCUUAUAAUCUAAGAAAGAUUUGAUUAAAAGAAGCAGUAGAUAAAUAGGUAACAAUGAUGUGGAAAGAAUGUGAGAUCACUUAGUACAAAAGUGUAAAGAUGUUUUUUUAAUUAAACAUAGUAAUAAAUGGA